GUUGGAUCUUUCAAACUGUCCGGUACGUGUGGCCAAUGUCUGCUUGCCACGUCAUUACCCCUAUCUGCUACUAUUUGGUACACAUAUCAUGAUACUGCAUACAACAUGAGUUCUCUUGAUUUGUUUACAUCGGAAUGACUAUAGAUAGCAGUGGUAACUCGAUCCCUGUGAUCAUAACGUCAACGAGAAACAUGUCCUCAUUGCAAGCAAGCUGAAACUGAAAGGUUGUACUUUUCCAAUUCCGGUAAAUGCUAACAUUAGAGAGACAUCCAUUAUUUGGUAAUUGAGGUUGCUUUUCAAACAUAACCAAAUCGGAGACAUCAUUUCUAAACGGUUUCUUCUAAAAAUCAAAAUGCUUCUGAAAGAGAGAUGGGCAUCUCUGCAGAAAGGCUACAACAGUUUUACAAAAUUCUGCCAAAAGACAAUCUUGCCUCACAGUCGGAUUAAUCGACUUGGUCCCUGGCUGUUCCUGCUGGAAACGUUCUGUUUGUGUUACAUCGGUACCGCGGAGAUCAUACCAACAUUGUGGGACAGGUACGGACCUACAUUUGUGCGAAUGAAUCAGGCGUUCACCUGGUUCCUCGGAGUUCAGAUCCUGAUGAAUUGGCUGUGUGUAAGAUAUGUAUCUUCGACCUAUCACCCCGAGAUCGGCCAGAUACAUCUCCUGAAGCGCGAUGACCAUUCUCACCAGUACACGGAUUACACACUCUCCUUUGUGGAAGAAAAUCAACUGAACAGCCUGAGGCACAGAAAAGCUCCAGAACAGAAACGGAGCGCGUCCAAAAAUUAUUUCACGUGGAGCACGUGCAAGUCAUGCAGGGAAGUUCGACCCGCUAGAUGUCACCACUGUAAUAUCUGUAAGGCAUGCGUUCUCGCGAGAGACCACCACUGCUUCUUUUCAGGGAAUUGUGUCGGUUACAAAAACCUCCGUCACUUUUGUGUAUUCCUCUUUUAUAGUAUGUAUGCUACGGUGUAUGCAUUCUUGCACGCCUCAGCUUACUACUACCUAGAACUUUGGCCCCGGACAAUCGCACUGGAAAUUCUGCCGUUUGUUACCUUCCUAAGAAACCUGUUUGGCCAGGGUGAGUACCACACGGGCGUGCUCAUACUAGUGUGGUGGGCGCUCGGUAUGUUCUUAGUUAUUGGUGCCUUCCAGUUUAUUGAUCUCGUGCUUGAAAUCCCGGAAGGAGUGACGUCAUACGAAUUCAACAAUGGAAUAGAGUUGGAAGACUCGCGUUCCUUAUUAGAGAAGGUUAGAGCAGUGUUUGGGAGUUACUGGCUUCUGAAUUUGAUAGCCCCAGUUCACUUUAUAUUUCCGCCUGUUGUAGAUCCUGUCAACUGGCCGACUAUUUCCGGAAUAAAACGAGCACCAGAUGAAUUUUUGUAAAGUGAAUGCGCAAGUUUUACAAGUACUAUUUCUUUAAAAUAAAAUCAUUCUAACAAAAAGUCAUCAUCCGGUCGAUUUAAUUGUAUCACAUUCAAAACAUGUCUGUAAGAAGCUGACAGUUGUGAUUCGUCAUUUGUGAUUCAAUUACUAAAAAGAAGAUUCCAGAGGGAAGUUGGCGUCCACCACUGACAAUUCAUUGGAAUGUUACUGGUUUGUAGGUACCCUAUUUGUUGUCCUCUUUCUUGACGAACACGUGUACUGGUACCAAGAGGACCAUGCAAAUCAAGUUGAAACCUGAUCUUCGAGAUGCCUGAUUAUUGCUGUCUUUUCCUACAUAACAAUUACGGACAGAGGGUAUAAUGGAUACCAAGCUCCAUCAUCAUAUAUGAUUCAGUUACCAGUAAUGUUAUUUUGUUUGUUUGUUUGUUUUUUAAGAUUUUGUCGAACUUGAAGAAGUCAAAAAUAGGCAAUAAUUCGAUUAUGCACAAUACCAUUGUCUUUCAUGUAAAUCCAGUUUGAUGUGCAAAAUUCAAGAUGUCUGCUUUGCAGCCAUAUUUGUAUCCGCCUUUAAAUUGCUUGCACUACUAAGAAUAAAGAGAAUCACGACCAUUAACUUUAAUCACGAUGUCUUUAGUUUUUGUCAACAAAUAUCGUUUUAAAUAAAUUUUUAA